AUUCUCGAAUGUUCUUGGCGUCGAGGUUGUGGUCGUGCUCCCUCCCGGAGGUCUUCUAACAUAUGUGCGCCUUUUGUACUCUUUCAAUACAUUGUGAACAAAUAACGCCGACUCCUCCCCAGCAGCCUUUAUUAUAACAGAUCCCUCGGUGACACAGGUGACCCGGUCGACUCCUCCCGGCGGUCUAGAAGAAUACAACCCCUUUACGGAUGCCAGAACGGCUGCCCCUGGAAACGCCGCCAAGUCUGCUCCGGCACCUUCGCAGAACACACAACCCGCCAUAAUGAAGCCCACAGAAGAGCCCCCAGCUUACUCACAGCAACAAACGCAGGACCAAGCGCGUGCUCAGGCCGACUUGUUGAGAAGGCAGGAGGAGUUGGAGAGGAAAGCGGCUGAGCUUGACCGCAGGGAGAGAGAGCUGCAGUCUCACGGAGGAGCCGGUCGGAAGAACAACUGGCCUCCCGUGCCCGAGAAGUUCCCCGUGGGUCCGUGUUUCUACCACGACAUCGCAGUGGACAUUCCCAUCGAGUUCCAGAAGACGGUGAAGAUCAUGUACAACCUCUGGAUGUUCCACGCCGGCACGCUCUUUGUGAACAUGUUCGGCUGCUUGGCCUGGUUCUGCGUGGAUCCGACCCACGGUGUGGACUUUGGUCUGGCCAUGUUGUGGUUUCUGCUUUUCACGCCUUGCUCCUUUGUCUGCUGGUACAGACCGCUGUAUGGGGCUUUCAGGAGCGACAGUUCUUUUCGCUUCUUUGUCUUCUUCUUCGUCUACAUCUGCCAGUUUGGAGUCCACGUUCUCCAAACGAUCGGCAUCACCGGCUGGGGCACAUGUGGCUGGAUCACGGCGCUGAUGGGCCUGAACAGCAGCAUCCCGGUGGGCAUCAUCAUGCUGCUCAUCGCCGCGCUCUUCACCACACUCUCCGUGGGCUCCCUCAUCAUGUUUAAAAAGGUACACGCGCUGUAUCGGACCACCGGCGCCAGCUUCGAGAAGGCUCAGCAGGAGUUCGCCACCGGCGUCAUGUCCAACAAGACGGUCCAGACGGCGGCGGCCAACGCCGCGGCUAACGCCGCGUCCAACGCCGCCCGCGGGGCCUUCAAGCCUCACCCGUAGACACGCACACAAGCGGAGGCAAAAGUCUGUCCCUGCUCAAAUCACCCCCGAUUUGCUAACGUCGCCACAAAAUGUUUUCACUCCAAAUCUAACUCGUAACAGUUUGCCUCCUACCGUGCUUAGUGUGCUUCCCGGCCCCCCCGAGCGAGUCACGUUUUGUCCUCGUUAUCCGUCAGUGGGAUUUUACAACCCCGCACAGAAUAACCCCCCCCCCCCCCCCCCCCAACCCCGUUCACCUUCUGAUUGACUGGACAGGUCAGUCGCUCCGCGGCGAGAUUGAUUGACGGCAGGAUGUGCGCGUGUUCGAGCACGCGCAACAAGGUAGCUAAUUCAUUAGCGUUGCGUCUGCCGGAUGCGUGACCCGACGGACGCGAGGACGACUCAAAAGACGUGCGUGCGUGUGUGAGUGUGUGACAUAAUUUGUCAUUGUAUUACCUGUCACGUGGGGGUGGGGGGUGGGGGAGGGAUGUAAAGCUGCUAGCAAUCGAUGUGGCCUCUUGCUGUUUUCGGGUUCCUUCUCACGAAGCGGAUUCGCACUAGACUCAGCAAACAAGCCGACAUAAAUGGUUUCGGGGGGGAUGAGUCAUGUGACCUGCUUUAAAAAGGAAAAUUGGAAUUAAAAAAAAAAGUCACCCCAGUGUCUAAAUGAUAGCAUGUGACUGGUGCACAUUACCCAGCUUAAAGCGAUGAUCCACAUUCACGUUAGCGUUUUGUUUUGAAAAGUCACCGCACACCAGUGAAGAAAAGUACACUCAACGCUGGUUGAGUGCGCCUCCCGCCAUCUAGUGGACGAGUAUUUAAUUGUUCUGCCCGUGACUGGCAAGAUAGAUAGAUGGACAAAGACGCUUUAUUUGCAGUAAAGAAAUGUGUCAUUUUCAGUAAUCCUCAGAAGCACUGUGUUUAAAAGCUGUACAGACUACUCUCAUCAACCGGAUUCGCGUCGUACGUGUGCGGCCGCGCGGCACCAAGCAAAUGACUGAAGUUGUUGUUGUUGAUGUUGUUGCAAAUGUUGGACUGAAUCUCAACCCGAGUACUGGAAGGCUAAUAUGCCAAGACUAACCACAGCGUUUCUUUUAUUUGGCGUUUGAAAGCGCGUUUCUGUUAGUUGCUCUUAUUUAUGGCAUUUUUUUGGUUUGACGUGUCCGACGUGUUCCGUGCAUUAGAAGGCAUCCUCCUUUUUGAAGGCGUGACUGCUUACAUAAGACAAAUCCCACGAGUGUUAUUCUACUGUACGUCCUCAAAAGCUGUGAGAAAUCUACCAAAUGUCCAUUUAGAUUUUUCUUUUCUUUCCUUUUGUGAUGUGUUCUUUUGCCAUAUUUUACCGAACGACAUUGAAAGUCGUAUCGCGCGAGCCAGUCCGUAUUACCGAAUGUGUUGAAACAACAAAAUGUGUUUGAGAGCAUAUUUCACUGAAUUGAGAGAAUAAAACUCAUUGGAGAGGAA